AUGAAAGAGCUAGAAUCUUCUGCAUCGUGUAUCAUCUGUCAACUAUUAACUAUUCUGUCAGUGUUUGCUAUUUUGUUAUAUCUUUUAUCACUAAAUUUGAAAUGUCUAUAUUUUAUUAAAGUGGUUGGUAUUUAUUGUGCCAUAUUGCUUAAUGCUGUGAUCGUUUGUUUUGCCUGGCCGUUAUACUUCUUUGGUGAUGUGCCAAAAUUUGUUUUUGAUUCUUUUAACGUUCUGUCAAGGUGGACAAAUAUCAAAGUUAUCGUACGAAAUGGUGAAAUCUUACAGAAACCAGGACCAUUUAUAUUUGUAUGUAAUCAUCAGAGUUCGGUCGAUAUUGUUGUGCUAUCGCAUUUUUGGCCAUCAAAAUGUACAGUGAUGAUGAAAAAGUCAUUGAAAUACGUACCAUUUUUCAAUUUUGCAUCAUUACUCAGCCGAGCAGUAUUUGUGGAUCGGUUCAAUCGAGAAAGAGCCGUUCAAUCGUUGGAAGAAUGCUCAAAGAAGAUUACUGAGCAGAAGCUAAGUGUUUUCAUCUUUCCAGAAGGCACUAGAAAUCAUGGUGAUGGAAUGAUUGAAUUCAAAAAAGGCGCUUUUAAUUUAGCAGUUUUUGCUCAAAUACCAAUUAUUCCGAUAGUUAUAUCUUCUUACAAGCAGUUCUAUAAUAAGAAUAUGCGAUAUUUCGCAGAUUCAGGCUACGUUAUUGUGGAAAUUAUGGAUCCGAUACAGACUACCGGUAUGACAAUUCAGGAUGUCCCUGCAUUGACAGAUACAGUUCGUGCUAAAAUGAUGGAUAAAUUUGCAAAAAUUAGUGAAGAAGCAGGAGAAGAAUUUAAGAAUCGACAAAGACAAAUUAAUGAGACAAAAAAAGAUUAUUAA